GGAAAUGGUUAAUGCCAACAACCGGGAGCAAUGCAGCAGGAAGCCCCUGAAGGGUUAAAGAAGGCGAGCCCGCCAGAUCUAACUCACGGGCAGAAGGAGGAUCUCCGAGGCGCCGCUCGCCAUGUCGUCCGCCACGGUCGCCUCCACCCGGAGACAGUCCUGCUACCUGUGCGACCUGCCCCGCAUGCCGUGGGCGAUGAUCUGGGACUUCACCGAGCCCGUGUGCCGGGGCUGCGUCAACUACGAGGGCGCCGACCGCAUCGAGUUCGUGAUCGACACGGCCCGCCAGCUGAAGCGGGCGCACGGCUUCCAGGAGGGCCGCUCGCCCGGGCCGGUCCCGGUGGCGGUCGCCGCCGCCAAAGCGGCGCUGGCCAAGGAGAGCACGGCGCCGCUGGGGCACCCGGCGGACGGCUGCUCGGCGGGGCCGCCCCGGCCGCUGGACCGCUACCCGCUGGCGUCGGACCGGCCGCCGCCGCGCCUGGACUUCCCGGCCGCGGCCCGGCAGAACGGCUCGCUGCUGAACGGCUACGCCAAGGGGGCGGACGAGCCGCCCGAGCUGAACCGGCAGAGCCCCAACUCGAGGAGGGGCGCCGCGCCGCCGCCGCCGCUGCCCAGCCUGGUGCCCAUGGUGAACGGCAGCUCGCACCCUCUGCCUCCUCCGCCUACUCCGUCCUCCUCCUCCGCCGCCUCCUCCUCGCAGCCGCACGGUGGUGUGAACGGCCGCCUCCUGGAUGUAAACAAACGGCCCGGGAGCGGGUCCGCCGCCGCCUCCUCCUCCUCCGCGGCCCCGGAACACGAGGCGAGCGCCAAGGAGUGCAGCGGCAAGCACCGAGCCGAAGAGCUGGCCGACAGCCUCAAGGACUGGGCCGGCAAGCCCAAGACGGUGAAGGAGACGCUGAUGAGCCUGGCCGGACACCCGCCCUUCGAUGUCCGCUUCAAGAAGGAGCACCCGCUGCAGCACGGCCGGGUGCUGGCCUUCGAGGCCACGGCGGCGGCAGCAGCGGCGGCGGCGGCGGCUGCAGCCAAGUCAGGUACCCGAGGAGGACGCAAAAGGAAAGCCUCGCCUGAACCAGACUCAGAAGGCACUGGGCCACCCCUUGGCAGCAAGGUCAACGGGGAGGGGCAGCCCUGGCCCCUGAUAUCCACCGACGGGCUGAAGAUGACGCCAGCGUCUUAUGCCCCCUCGCCAUCCCCCCACUCCACGCCGCCGGACGGUGGGCAGAAUGGACAGUCUCCCAUGGCCGCCCUGAUCCUGGUGGCAGACAACGCGGGCAGCGUGCACUCGCCAAAGGAGGCCGGACAGGUCCACUCGACCACCCGACGCAACAGCAGCAGCCCCCUCUCGCCAUCGUCCCUCAGCCAGAGGCGGAUGGGUCACCGGGAUGGAGCCGCGCCGGCGGGCAAUCCCCACCCAGGCAUCGAGCCGGUCCACCCGCCAAACAUUCCAGACUCCUCGGUGCCCAGCAGCGUGCCACUCUGUUGUACGUUAUGCCACGAACGCUUGGAGGACACCCACUUUGUGCAGUGCCCAUCGGUGCCCUCGCACAAAUUCUGCUUCCCCUGCUCCAGGGAGAGCAUCAAGCAACAGGGAGCCACAGGCGAGGUGUACUGCCCCAGUGGAGAGAAGUGCCCACUGGUUGGCUCCAAUGUGCCCUGGGCUUUCAUGCAAGGAGAGAUUGCCACCAUCCUCGCUGGAGACGUCAAAGUAAAAAAGGAGAGAGACCCAUGAUUCACGUUUGUGUGUUUGUGUUUUUUUUUAAAAAAAGAGAGAACGACCCUCUUGAAAAUCCCAAAAAACUGAUUUAAUUGUAUAUACUCAACACGUAAACAUGGCUGUACAAUUUUGAUUUUCAAUACAUUGUGUUUCUAUAUUUUUUGAAGAUUAAGAAGGUAUGUACUCAUAAUCGUUUUUCCUCUCUCUCUGAUGUAAAUCAUUAUUAUACAUUAUUGGCAAAACCUUUCUGUACUGGCCUUUUUCUUGGUGACAGUGACUGUUUAAUGUAGACUGUGACUAACAUUGCUUUCAGAGCACUUGGGCAAAAAAAAACUGAAUGCUUCUAGUUGUACCUGUAUGCACUUGUUAAAAUUGCCAAAUACAGUUUUCUGGCAUUUUAUUAA